AUGAAAAGGCCUGAUCAUAGAAGAACACAACGACCAGAUGAUGGUGAAGAAGAGCAAUCGGCACAUUUAUCAAAUACAAAUGUUGCAGCACAGGUCAAGUUUAAUGAAUUAAAACAACAAGGUAUUAGUUCUGAUCAAUUGCUCACUUGGUCAGGCUUAGUCGAUAUUGCAGAGCAAUACGAAAUGGCUGAUAAAAAUUCAAAAGAUGUUUUCUACAACUGUUCAACACCAUGGUUUGGUGAAAUGUGUCAGUAUAAAUUUGACGAUGAUUCGCCUUCUGAAUUUAAUCAAAUUGUUCAGAAUACCUUUGAUAAUCGUUCAGGAAUUUUGGGCAACAUUACCAGUGGUACAUGUUAUCGUUUUCUAAAGGAUUGUGAUCGUGGGCCAUGGCCUCUUUGUCUCGACUGGCGUGAAAUCUGCGACGGAAAAUCUGAUUGUUUCAAUGGAGAAGACGAGCAAAUGUGUGAAGAACUCGAAGUAAACCAAUGUGCUGAAGAUGAAUAUCGCUGUCACAACGGUCAAUGCAUUCCCUCAGUAUUUUCACAUGAUGGUAUGCUCAAUUUGGAUUGUUUAGAUGGAAGUGAUGAGCGAGAAUAUUAUGCAACGGGUAACAACAAACCUGCUUAUACAUUCAGCAGUAACUGUAUAAAUAUCCCGACUUUUCGAUGCGAAGAACGCAGCAAUCGGUAUUUAAACCGUUUCUCUUGCGGUGAUGGCCAAUAUAAUAACAACGCUGAUAUGCCAGCAACCACUACUUAUUGUAAGAACAAUCGUGACAAAGAAAUCAACCGAAAACUGCUCUUUGUAUUUGAUUACAUUGAAAACAUUCGUUGUCGUCAAACAUUUUACUGUGCACUUCAUGCUAAUCGAAGUUUCGGUAGCGAUCGCAUUGGUGACGUUCUAACUCCGCUUCCAAUGUUUGAAGGCCAAUGGGAUAAAGAUUGUGAACCUUUGAUCGAAAAUUGUUUCACCGAAUGGUUGGUACUCCCUGAAAAACCCAUCAUGUUUGGCUUUUUUCAAUUUGUCUAUUUUACAAAUCGAUCGGUUGAAGAAUUUAAAAAUAAUAUUCGACCUGAUUUUGUCUGUUUUGACGCAAAAAAGUGUCCAUUUUUAUUAGAUGAUGAGGUUCCUAUUGAAAUAAUCGAUGGAUUAACAUGUUGUCGCGUUUCGAAUUCGACCCUGGCUGAUGUGAUAGAGGAUUUUAAUACUAUGUCAUCGAAGUUCUCAACUAUCUUUGAAAAAUGUUUAACAAUCGGAACUGAAUUAUCAUGUACAAAUCCAUCCAACUUUUAUUGUAAUCAAUCGUUAAAAUGCAUUUCAGCACAUCGUGUUAAUGAUGGGUUCAAAGAUUGUUACGAUGAUACAGAUGGAGAUGAAUCAUUUCCUACAUGUUCAUUGAAUGAUUCAAAUCGAUUCAAUUGUGAAGAUCUACCAGAAAAAUGUUUGUCAUUCGUGGCAGUUGGUAAUGGAAUUCGAGAAUGUAUUAGAAAUGGACGGGACGAAAAGAUUUAUAAGAAACAAGACUUCAAUCCGACAAUGUCAUACUUGAAAUUAUGUAGUGGUUGGGGAGCACAUGGGCCAGAUGUUGAAUUUACUGACAGUGGAAGCGUAGAUCCGUCAGAUUGUGAAUGGUGGCCAUGUGAUAAUGCUUACGUUCAUUGUGACAAUGUAUGGGAUUGUCUAAAUGGUGCUGACGAACUAAAUUGUCCUAAUGCAACAUGUUCGUUCAAUGAACAUGAAUGUAUUAGUGGUGAAUCGGGAUUGACUUACUGUUUACCAAUAUCUCAAAUGUUCGAUGAACGCAUCGAUAAUUGUUCGGAAUUCCGAUUACGAAAUCUCUAUUUUAGUAAUGGCAGUCGUGUUAACGAUCAGAAGUAUUAUCCAUGGAACAUGUCAAAAUGUCUUACUCAAGACAAUAUUUGUGACUGGGCACCAAUGGCAUUAAUACCACAAGAAGAUGUAUGUCUCCAAGAUCAUCGGUUAAUAGUUUUGCCUUGGUCAUCUAUUUUUAACCGAACUGAUACUGAAACAGAGUUAUGCAAAAUAGACCGGAAGGACUUUCGAAAGGACUCACACUACUUUUUAACUUCAUUUCGAUUUGGUGAUUUUCCACCAAAAUCUUCUUCAUUGUCAAUUGUACACACUUCGACGGUUCGAAAAGACACAAGAAAAACAUUUCACACAGAUACUCGUAAAAAUUGGUAUUGCCAUCGUGGUAUUCUCGUGCUACAUAGCGUUAAUCAAACAAAGAAAUGUCUUUGUCCACCGAGCUAUUUUGGAUCUCGAUGUCAAUGGCAAAGUCAACGAAUCAGUUUUACGUUUCAACUUGUUUCACUUCAAGCAGCUUUUACCAACUCCGUUUUUCAAGUAGUAAUCAUGUUGAUCGAUAAAGAAGGAGAAAUUGCUCGGUAUCAUGAACAAAUAAUGUAUAUACCUGCUCAUGAUUGUGCAACAAAGUUUAAUCGGUAUUUACUUUAUCCACAUCGACCAAAACAUUACUUAAAUAAUUAUUCAAUUCGUAUUGAUCUUUUCGAUAAAACCACAUUAAAUUUCUUGGCCAGUUGGCAUUUGCCAAUUCCCUUUCAAUUUCUUCCUGUCAAUCGACUUUCUGCCCAGCUAUUUAUUCCGAAAUACGGAGAAAGAGAAUCAUGUGAUUUAUCGUGUGGACUGCAUGGUAGAUGCGUCCGAUACUCCAAUAGUAAUUCGUCGUCUUAUUGUCGUUGUGAUACAGGAUAUUCUGGUACAUCAUGUAAUGUAACAUAUAUAUGCCAUUGUUCCGUGAAUUCUAUUUGUCUUUCGCCAUCAAUUUGUGUUUGCCCAUUGCAUACGUUUGGUUCAUAUUGUUAUCUAAAACGAUCGAUCUGUAAUUCAAAUCCUUGUCAACAUGAUGGAACUUGUAUUCCUUCUGAUGAUCGAGUUGAUCUACAAUCUAUAAUGUGUAUUUGUAAAGAAGGUUAUUAUGGUUCAAGAUGUGAAUAUUCUAGUAGUCGUAUCAUUCUACGUUUAGAUAAGACAAUCGUAUCUACUUCAUCAUUUGUUCUUAUUCAUUUUAUAAGAACAUUCGAAGACACAGAACAUGAGCGAAUGACAAGAUUUAAAAAAAUUCCAAUUGAUAAUGAUCUAAUUAUAAUUUAUGCCUCUCAACCAUUUAAUAUUCUAUUUGUUCAAUUACCGAAUCAAAGUUAUUAUUUGGCUAUUCUUCGCGAAGCAUUUUCUCCAACUGAAAAUAUUGAUACUUCAAUAUUAUCAAAACAACACUGUUCGAGUAUUACAGAUCUUUUAAAUUUAACUAUUGCUAAUCUUGAACAGAUCAAACGUGCAAAAUUUUAUCCAAUGUUAUGUCGAGAAAAACCUCAAUUGCGCUGUCUCUACGAUGAAAAUUUAAUGUGUAUUUGUGAUCUCGAUCGUUUUGCCAAUUGUUUUUCAUUCAAUCAUUCUAUGAACAACGAUUGUCAAGGAUAUAACGAUUGUAAAAAUGAUGGUCAAUGUUUUCGGAAUAGUGAAGUAUGUCCAACGAGUUCAAUAUGUGCAUGUAAAGAAUGUUUUUAUGGUAGUAAAUGUCAAUUUUCUACCAAAAGUUAUAUUGUUUCACUGGAUCCAAUCAUUGGAUAUUAUAUUAAACCAAAUGUUGCAUGGUAUCGACAAUCGUCGAUUGUAAUUGUGAGUAUGAUGAUCACUCUACUUAUUUUCGGUAUUGGAUUGAUCAGUGGAUCAUUCUCAAUCAUUACUUUUCAAUCGCAGAAAUUGAAGGAAGUUGGUUGUGGUUAUUAUCUUCUAACAUCAUCAAUCAGUUCGACAUUCAUGGUUUUUCUAUUAACAAUUAAAUUUUUUCAUCUUCUACUCUCUCAAAUGGAAAUUAUUCAAAAUCGAUCAUUACUAUUAUUUAAUUGUAUAACAAAUGAUGUAGCUCUAAAAGUUCUUUUAGCAUUGAAUGAAUGGUUAUUCGCCUGUGUAGCCAUUGAAAGAUGUAUCAAUGUUAUUCAAGGUGUCAAUUUUAAUAAAGGAAAAAGUAAACGAGUAGCAAAAUGGGUUAUUCCUUCUUUAUUUCUGAUAAUCAUUCUUUCAUAUAUUCAUGAUCCAAUUUAUCGUGAAUUGAUUGAUGAUCAAGAUGAAGAUGAACAUCGGGUCUGGUGUUUCGUUCAAUAUUCAUCAUCAAUGAAUAUUUACAAUUCAUCAAUGACUCUUAUUCAUUUUUUUGGUCCUCUUCUCACCAAUCUGAUCUCAGUUUUUCUAACUGUUAAAUAUAUGGUUCGUAAUCGUUCUACUUUAGAAUCUACAACAUCAUUCAGACAACAAUUAUCUCAAAAUAAACGUCUUUUAUUUCCACCUGGAAUGAUAGUUUUGUUGGGUACACCUCGUCUGAUCAUUACAUUUAUGAAUAGAUGUAUGAAAACAAUGCGCGAUCCUUGGCUGUAUCUGUUCGGCUAUUUUAUCUCGUUCAUACCAUCGAUAUUGAUCUUUUUUACCUUUAUUUUACCAUCGGAGAACUAUAAAAAACAAUUUCAAACAGCAAUUCAACAACAAUUAAGACGAUUUCGUUCAUCGUGA